AUGCGUCGAGCGAUUCUGUUCUGUCUUCUCGCAUUUUUGUUCGAGUUCAACGAUGUUGCCCUCGCUCGUCGACAUCCAUUCAACGGAAUCAACGUGCUUAACAUAGAUGCCGACGGGACACGCGGAGACAAUCAUAAGGAUGGGAAGGGCAAUGGCAACCGGAAGGGCGGUAGUACCCGGGUAUCGCGUUCAGCAAGCGCCGUGAGAACUGCGAGUGCUGCGGACGUUGGCAGUAUAACGAGUGUAGCGAUCGCAGCAGGUAUUGGCAGUAGACCGGGGGUAUCAAGUUCCGCAAGCGCCGUGAGCGUUGCGAUCGCAUCGAGUGUUGGCAGUACACCGGGCGUAUCGAGUUCAGCAAGCGCCGUCAGAACUGCGAGUGCUGCGGACAUUGGCAGAGUAACAAGUGUAGCAAUCGCAGCGAGUAUUGGCCGUACAUCGAGUGUGUCGAGUUCAGCGAGCGCCGUGAGUGUUACUAUCGCAGCGAGUGUUGGUAGUACACAGGGUGUAUCGGGUUCAGCAAGCGCAGUGAGCGUUGCGGGUGCUGCGAGUGCUGCGACCAGCCGAACCGUCGGUAUUAUCGUGCCUUUGAAUCCGGCAACUGCAUCAACCUCCACAACAGCCGCAGUACAAAGCACGGCUCUUUCAUCAGAAGCCGUCCAGCAACCGUCUUCUGUGGCGGUCACAAGCACCGCAACUAUUGCACAGGCAACACAGACGAUAGUUGUGACGGCCAGCAAUGGAGCUGCCACGAUUACCGAUGGGGGUGCGACAAUCAUCAUCUCUCAAGUAGGCGGUCAACAAGGAGCAACAGACACAACCACUACGGCCGCUCCCUCAGCUACUGUGUCUGUCGUUAUUGUAUCGUCUCCAAGUACCGUUGUUGUCACGGCCGACUUGACCACUGCCAGUGCUCCGGCAACUGCCUCCACAUCAACUACGGCACCUGAAAUAAGCAUUCCAGGAAUUGGAACUAACUCGGUUGUAACCCCGCUGGCCGGAGAAACAAGCCCAACUGUUCCAGCUGCUACAGGUGUCCAAGCCACCUCUUUCGUCACGUCUGCAAUUGCAAGUGCUGCAACCAACGCUGCAGCUGCUGUCGCGGCCAAUGGUCAGGAUGCCUGCCAAUGUGCUUGUGCAUGCCCGGCGAAUUUCAUGUUACAGGCGCCCGCAAAAUCAUCAACAACUCCGCAAGCGAUCCCGUCAACUUCAACGUCGUCAACGUCGUCAACAUCGUCCCCCACCUCCAGUCAAAGCUCAACCACUACAACGACAGCAACAGCUAUUGAUGGUCAGGCAGGUGCAUCAACACCAACAAUAGCAAUCAUAGACACGUCGGCUAUAACGACAUCAGCUACUUCAAUUGACACCUCAACCACGAGCGUGCCUCUUUUGGCGUCCGGAACAUCAGUCGUGCAACCGGUAUUGCCUGCUUCUGCAAGCUCGACCUCCAGUAUAAAAUCAAGCCCGACUUCAAUCACUGUAACAGAAACUACAGCACCGAUUCAGCCUACCAAUGUGAAUAUCAAUACUGUUGCGCUCCAUUCUGCAUUGACGAUAAAGAUCGGUGGAUAA